AUGGCCAUCCUCACAGCUCUGCCUUCGCUGGCAGGCAGCAAGAAACGUUUCAGUUCUGCUUCAGCGGCAGCACCCCAACGCCCAUUAUCUGUAGUAUCCGUACAACCUCCACAGAUCGAGCUCCCGGAAACAGAGGAUUACGAUCUAGGUUACGACCCCGCCAGCUUCGAGACAGCCCAGUAUCACUAUUCUACUACUUCGCGCCCGACGACUGCGCCCGGCGAACAAAGUCCUGACUCGCCGACCCUGGGAUCGGCCCACCCUUCGCCAACCUUCCCGUCAGCCAAGAAGGCGGGUGGUGGGAAAGUGUCAGAGGCAGACGGCGAGGCGCAACGGUGGUGGGAGAGCAAGAGGAAGCAGGAGAUGGCCAUGGCGUCUGCCGUGAUGGAGACGGGUGGGGAGCAUGGGAAAUCCAGUCAUACGGUAGGAGGAUCAGAAGAGGCACUGCCCACAACGACGACAACGACAACAUCGCGACCAACCACCACCACAACACCACCAUCCAGCAGUCACGCCGUCAACCCCGCCACCAUCCCAAUCAGAACCAGCUCUUCCCACGCAACAGAACAGCGAGACAGCUAUCGAGAACCAAGCUACACCCCCUCCAGCCCAACUCAAAUGCGCAGUCCCAAAAAACACCGCAGUCUCAUGAGCGUCCCCGAAGAGAAGAAACACAGCAAACGAGCCAGCAUGAGCACAAGCACAGCCGCACACCCCGACGAACGGGACUGGCUAACCCAAAUCCACCGAACCAAUGGCUAUCCCCACGAUCGUGAAAGCAGAGAUCGAGGCUACAGCAGCGGCAAAGAACGAGCGAGUCGAUAUACUCCAUCAACAUUCUCCCAACAGCCCACCCUCACCCCAACAGCACCUGAGCCGAGCCGGCAAAGCACUGAAAGGACCAGCACAGACCUCAUCGACGAACCGGCCGGUAGUAGCUGGUCCAGCGAAAAAGAGACGAUCCUAAAGGGACCCUUUGACUACCUCGAAUCCCACCCCGGCAAAGACAUCCGCACCCAAAUGAUCCACGCCUUCAACGCCUGGUUGCGUGUCCCCGCCGCCUCUCUGGCGAUAAUAACAAAAGUCGUCGCCCAACUCCACACCGCCUCCCUCCUCAUCGACGACGUAGAAGACUCCUCGCACCUCCGCCGCGGAGUCCCCGUAGCCCACCACAUCUUCGGCGCCGCCCAAACAAUAAACUCCGCAAACUACGUCUACUUCUGCGCUCUACAGGACUUGCUUACACUGGAGAACCCCGAGGUCAUCAAGAUAUAUACGGACGAACUCCUCAACCUGCACCGCGGCCAGGGCAUGGACCUCUUCUGGCGCGACACCUUGACCUGCCCCUCCGAAGACGACUACCUCGAAAUGGUCGGCAACAAAACGGGAGGCUUAUUCCGCCUCGCCAUCAAACUCAUGUGUGCCGAAUCCCCCUCCCACAACUUCGCCCCGUCCCCCGCCCACAGCCCGGGGAGCGACAGCGCCGGAAAACCAGACUACAUCCCCUUGGUAAACACCAUGGGCCUCCUCUUCCAAAUCCUCGACGACUACCGCAACCUCGACUCCCCCACCUACACGGCCAACAAAGGCCUUUGCGAAGAUCUGACCGAGGGCAAAUUCUCCUUCCCCGUCAUCCACGCCAUCCGCUCCGAUCCCACCAAUCUCACUCUUAUCAAUAUUCUGAAGCAGAAGACGGAGAAUGAGGAGGUUAAGAGGUAUGCGGUAGCUUAUUUGGAGAAGUGUGGUUCGUUUGCUUAUUCGCGGAGGGUUUUGAGGGGGUUGACUAAGAAGGCGUUGGGGUUGGUGGAAGGGGUGGAUUUGAGGUUGGGGGGGGAGGGGAAGGGGGAGGGGGUUAGGGGGAUUUUGGAGAAGAUGAGGGUGGAGAGGCAGCAGCAGCAGCAGCAGCAGGGGAGGGAGAGCGUGAGUGUGUGA